AUGCCGGGGCGGGGGGCAGGGGUAGCAGAGGCCGGGCCGCGCCUCCGGCGGGGCCGCUGGGGCAAGGGGUCGGCGGGGCCGGCCGGGAAGGCAGUGGGCCGCGGCGGGCCGGCGGCGGGCUGGAUCCCGCUGGCUCUCGUGACGCUCUCGGCCUUCGCCACCCGCUUCCACCGCCUGCCGGAGCCGCCCCACGUCUGUUGGGACGAGACACACUUUGGAAAAAUGGGAAGUUACUACAUCAAUCGCACCUUUUUUUUUGAUGUCCACCCACCCCUGGGGAAGAUGCUGAUAGGACUAGCUGGCUAUUUGAGCGGCUAUGAUGGCACCUUCCCUUUCCAGAAGCCAGGGGACCGAUACGAACAUCACAGCUAUGUGGGGAUGAGAGGGUUCUGUGCUUUCCUGGGCUCCUGGCUGGUCCCCUUUGCCUACCUCACGGUGCUGGAGCUGACCAAGUCCCUACCUGCGGCCUUGCUGGCGGCUACCUCUUGCUUUUCAGACACAGGUUGCCUCACUCUAUCUCAGUAUAUCCUCCUGGACCCCAUCCUGAUGUUCUUCAUCAUGGCUGCCACGCUGAGCAUGGUCAAACACCACUCUUGUGCGGACAGGCCCUUCUCUACCCCGUGGUGGCUCUGGCUCACCCUGACAGGGGCCAGUCUGGCCGGUGCUCUAGGGGUCAAGUUCGUUGGCCUCUUUAUUGUCCUGCAUGUAGGACUGAACACAAUUUCAGACCUUUGGGAACUGCUGGGAGACCUCAGUCUUACACUGGUAAUGCUGGGGAAACACUUGGUGGCUCGGAUCUUGUGUCUGAUUGUGCUGCCUCUUGCUCUCUACACAGCCCUGUUUGCCGUUCACUUCCUCGUGUUGAAUAGAAGUGGUCCCGGCGAUGGUUUCUUCAGCUCUGCCUUCCAAUCCCGGCUGACGGGGAACAACCUACACAAUGCCUCCAUACCAGAGCACCUGGCCUACGGCUCUGUGAUCACGGUGAAGAAUCUCGGAAUGGCCAGUGGCUACCUGCACUCUCACUGGCACUUGUACCCUGAGGGAAUUGGCGCCCGCCAGCAGCAGGUCACGACGUAUCUUCACAAGGACUAUAACAACCUGUGGAUUGUGAAAAAACCCAGCGUCAACACAGAUCCUUCCUUCACAGUGGAAUUUGUGAGACAUGGAGACAUCAUUCGGCUGGAGCACAAAGAGACUUCGCGAAACCUACAUAGUCACCAGCAUGAGGCCCCCAUGACCCGGAAGCACUAUCAGGUCACUGGCUACGGGGUGAACGGCACGGGAGACUCGAAUGAUUUCUGGCGGAUCGAAGUGAUGAACCGCAAAGCUGGGAACCGGAUCAAGGUCUUACGCAGCCGGAUCCGACUGAUCCACCUGGCCACUGGCUGUGUCCUGGGCUCUUCGGGGAAGACGCUACCCAAGUGGGGCUGGGAGCAGCUGGAGGUCACCUGCACCCCUUACCUGAAGGAAACCCCCAAUUCUGUCUGGAACAUCGAGGACCACAUCAAUCCUAAAUUGCCAAAUAUCAGCCUGGAGGUGCUGAAGCCCAGUUUUCCCGAGAUCCUCCUGGAGUCCCACAUGGUCAUGAUCCGGGGGAACAGCGGCCUCAAGCCCAAGGAAAAUGAAGUCACAUCCAAGCCUUGGCACUGGCCCGUUAACUACCAGGGCCUGCGUUUCUCGGCCAUCAACGAACAGAUUAUGCGGUAUUUACUUGGGAAUCCAGUGGUCUGGUGGUUGAAUCUGCUGAGCAUUGGCCUUUAUCUCUUCCUGGGAAGCAUCACCAUGGUGACUCUGCAGAGAGGAGUUCGCUUGCCAGCAGAGGCCAAAGGGCUGGCCCGCGUCCUGCUGCAUGGAGGGGGUCAGGUGCUGUUGGGCUGGCUGCUCCACUUACUCCCAUUCUUCGCCAUUGGGCCGAGUCUCUACUUCCAUCACUACUUCCCAGCCAUGCUUUUCUCCAGCAUGUUAACAGGGAUCACCUGGGACACCUUCCUGAGGUUCUGCGCCUGGCGCCUGGCACCUUUCAACCUGGCUAGGAGGAUACAUAUUUUCGGGAUCCUGAGCAUGAUCCUGGGUACUGCCUAUAGCUUCUACCUUUUCCACCCUCUGUCCUACGGAAUGGUCGGUCCCCUGGCUCAGGACCCCCACAGCCCAAUGGCAGGACUAAGGUGGCUGGACUCAUGGGAGUUUUAGAGCUCACGACGGCUUCCCAGGAGGCUCCCAGCAGGCCACCGAGGACCAAAUCUGGAGGAAAUCGUCCGUGGAUCUGGCUCUGUGGUGCUCCUUCAGGCAAGUAGCUGAAGGAACAUUCUUCUCCUGAGGACACUGGCAAGCCUGCUGCCCCCAACCCUCCGGUUCUCUAGCAACACACCUCUGGAGCAGAGUCGGCGGUGCCCGAGGCCCGAGACUCCACACAUCCCGUGGACGUUCUCCUGGGGCAGUUUUGGGGUGGAACAUCUCCCUCUCGGGGUAAUCUGGGUUCGUCAGUGAGUGACCAAAGGGGGCGGGCGGGGGGGAAGGGAGGGAGCCUGCAAGGGUUUGAGGUAUGUUUGUAAGGAAUGUGUUGCCAUGUGUGUGAACCUUCAAGGGACUGGUUGUAUGCAAGAGCGGUUGACUGGA